AUGCAGGAUAAUGGUACAUCGGUGCACUGGCAUGGCGUCCGUCAGUGGCAUAGUGCUGAUCAAGAUGGUACAAAUGGCAUCACGGAAUGCCCAAUUGCGCCUGGAGAUACGCGGACGUAUAAGUUUCAAGUUACGCAAUACGGCAGUUCCCUCUAUCACUCGCAUUUUAGUGCACAGUAUGGAGAUGGAAUUGUUGGGCCCAUUGUUUUUGAAGGGCCCGCUUCAGCCAACUAUGAUGUCGACCUGGGCCCAUACACGAUCAACGAGUGGUACUAUUUGACGUCAUGGCAAGUCGCCUCACUUUCCACUGCAGCGUUACAAGGAAAAGGUCUACCACCUCAGGCAGAUACUAUGAUUAUAAAUGGAACUGGCACCAACGCGGACGGAGACGGAACACACAACAAAGUAAAAAUUCAGAAAGGAAAAAGAUACCUCCUUCGACUGAUUAACAUCGGAGUCGACAACUACAUUCGAGUUUCCCUAGACAGCCAUCAACUUCAAGUCAUCGCAGCUGAUUUUGUUCCAAUCGUCCCUUAUUACACAGAAACAUUGCUUAUAGGUGCUGGACAGCGAUACGACGUCAUCAUCGAUGCCAAUCAAAUUAGAGGCAACUAUUGGUUUCGGGCUGAUGUUGCGACCGCAUGUUUCAGUACGAACCACCACAAUGCGACGGCUAUUUGGACGUAUGAAGGAGCGGGAGAGGAUUUGCCAACAACAAGUCCCUAUCAUUUCCCCUUCGACUGCUCCGAGCCGCAGGCCAUGAUGCCAAUAGUGUAUCAGCCGGUCCCCUCGGAGAAUCUUUAUUCUGGUUUCAAAGAACUAGAUGUUAACUUUACUAAUCAAGUCAUUGUACCAGGAGGCGAUUCAAUCACGGUAUGGGCGAUUAAUAGUGUCGCCAUUAAUGUGGACUGGGACAAGCCAACGCUGCAAUAUGUGAUGGAAGGUAAUACAAGCUAUCCUGACGACCUGACCAUCUUCCCAACGAUAAGUGAAGGAGGUUGGAAUUAUUGGUUGAUCCAGCAGUCGGCCGCCGUGCCCAAAGUGCCCCACCCAAUACAUUUGCAUGGUCAUGAUUUCUUUAUCCUAGGGCAAGGCUACGGCCUAUUCAAUGUAAAUAACGUUAGUCUCAAUUACGACACUCCUGCUCGCCGAGAUACGGCCAGCGUAUACGGAGGUGGUGGAGGCGGUUGGCUAGCUCUCGCAUUUGAGUCGAACAAUCCGGGCGCAUGGCUCAUGCACUGCCAUAUUGCUCGCCACAUCUCUGCCAGUCUGGGAGUCCAAUUUUUGGAGUCUCCUUCUCUGAUUCCCUUACCGAACCAGAGUUCAUUUGAGCAGGCCUGUGCAAGUUGGAAAGCUUACUCGAAGACCGCCUAUUGGAAAAAGGAAGACUCCGGCCUUUAG